UAGCUGUCGGUUUAUGGCGAUAAACCCACAAGAGCACGCGCCCACAGAUCAUUAGCCACUCCUCAUUUAAUUCAAUCCUCACCUUCCAUUCUAGAUUCCACCAAUCAUCACCGCCACGGACGCUGCCUCUGCCGCCGUCGCUAUUUCUCCGCCGGCGCGCUCGCCGGGAAUCACUUCCUAAUGCUUCCUGUUUCCGAGCCGCCGCCUAUCUCCAAACCGAAAGCAGUCGAUAUUUUAGACCGUAGGCAUUCCUACUUCGCCUCGUUCAAACCCUACAUCUCCCUCCACCACCGGCGGUCGUGGUUCUUCCUCGGCGUCGUGCUGCUUCAGCUACUCCUCAUCCUCUCCGCGCCGUCGCUCCCGUUCUCGCUCUACUCCGCCGCUUCUCAGAGUUCCCGCCCCGCCCCUGCCUUACGCAACGAUCCGAUUACGAGUGAGGAAAGUUCAAUUGAUGGAAAUUCGAAGGCUCACGCAAUCAAUCGGAAUUGUCCAUAUGGGGAAGUGUACGUUUACGAGCUUCCGCCGCAGUUCAACUCCGAAAUUGUGAAAAAUUGCCACAACAUCAACCCCUGGUCUUCCCGGUGCGACGCGCUUUCGAACGCAGGGUUCGGGAGAACCGCCGCUUUGGAAAUUUCUAGAAUUGUGCCGACGAAUGUGAGCUCCGCGUGGUUUUGGACCGAUCAAUUUUCCCUCGAGCCCAUUUACCACCGCCGAAUGCUCAAUUACCGUUGCCGUACCCUAGAAUCGGCCUCCGCGGCGGCGUUCUACAUCCCCCUCUACACCGGACUCGCACUCGAACGGCCACUUUUCGCCCAAAAUUCCACGGCGGAGGAGCGCGAUCGCCACUGCAGCUUGAUGCUAGAUUGGGUGAGCGAUCAGCCUUCCUUCAAAAAAUCGUACGGUUGGGAUCAUUUCAUCACCAUGGGCAGGAUCUCGUGGGACUUCCGUCGGUCGAAGGGCUCCGAUUGGGGGUCCAGCUGUAUCUACAAGCCGAAGAUGCGCAACAUCACACGGUUGCUAAUCGAGAAGAAUCCUUGGGACUAUUUCGACGUCGGCGUCCCUUACCCCACCGGAUUCCACCCGAAAUCAGUCUCCGACGUCAAAAUCUGGCAAGAGUUCGUCGGAAGCCGCCGCCGCCGCACGCUCUUCUGCUUCGCCGGCGCGACUCGCGGCUUUAUCAAAAACGAUUUCAGGGGAAUCCUGCUGAACCACUGCUACUCUGAACCCGGUUCGUGCCGGGUCGUCGACUGCGGCGGUUCAAAGUGCGCCAACGGCAGCUCGGUUAUUCUCGACACUUUCCUCCACUCGGAUUUCUGCUUGCAGCCGCGGGGGGACAGCUUCACUCGCCGCUCGGUUUUCGACUGCAUGCUGGCCGGUUCGAUCCCGGUUUUCUUCUGGCACAGGACGGCUUACUUGCAGUACGAGUGGUUCCUCCCGGCCGAACCGGGGAGCUAUUCGGUUUUCAUAGACCGGGAGGCCGUGAAGAAUGGGACAUCUUCGGUAAAAGCCGUGUUGGAGAAGAUUAGCAGAGAAAAGGUGAAAAGAAUGAGGGAAAAAGUGAUUGAACAUAUCCCUAACAUAAUUUAUGCAAAUUCUGAUAAAGGAUUGGAGGGGGGCAUCAAAGAUGCAUUCGAUUUAGCUGUGGAGGGAGUUUUGAAGAGAAUCAAGUUUCAAGAAAAGGGGUAUAAAUGGAAAUGAAGAGAAAGAUCAAAGAAUUCAGAGAAUCAAGAUUCAUUCAUUGAUUUCUUCUUUGGUUCUUUUUUCAUCCCGGUAAGUAAAUAUAUAAAGGUUCCUAUUUCUCUAUUACAUAAUAAUAAUUCUUAUCAUAAAUGAAUCGAAUUAUUACAUACACACAUAAGUUGAGGUUUGAUUGAAGCCAUAGUUGAUGUGGGUAUUUUUUUCUUUUGUGGCUUUAAUUGGUGUACUUGUUGCAUUAGGACAUGCCAUUUAGGUUGUUCCAUGGAGGGGCACAAAUACAUAUGAUGAUGCAUUGCACUUUGCACUUGCA